AUGGCGUCUAAUGUAACAUGGGCUCAAGUUCACGUCGUUCUUUGUGAACAACACCAGCAGGAGCUAGACAUGCACUGCGAGGAUUGCCAUCUGGACUUGUGUCUGGAAUGCGCUAAAAUGGACCAAACAAAGCACAAUUGGAGUUCUAUUAAAAAUAUUGCGAGGAAAAUUCGGAAAAAAUGUAGGAUUGGAUUGAAGAAAGUCCAUAAUACAGAUUUGGUUGCAUUAGAAGAAGACUUGUAUAAACUUCAAUGUACAGAAAAAAGGAAUACAGAGCUGUUUAAUCGAGAAAAGGAGAAAGUAGAACUUCAAUUUGACAAAAUCGUUGACUCGCUAUCUGAAAUCAAGAACCGGAUUUUGAUCUGUAUGGAAGACAAGAAGGAUAUAAAUAAUCAGUACCUUAAACAGACUCGGAAAUCACUGGAAGACAAAAGCCAGAAAGCAAAAGAAAUCAUAAGUUUUAUUGAAAAGAACAAGGAAUCUGCUGGUCAAGAGUCGGUGGAAACGUUGUGUGAGGACGACGAUGCCUACGAACCUGACAGCUCAUGCAGCCGUUUGUUAAAAAGUAUUACACUGACGGGAAAAGGUAUCAAAGAAAUAGAAUUUGACGAGAAGAACAACAGAUUGUUUACCUUUCCAACACGCGUCGCACAGAACAAGAACACAGACAUCUGCGUUAUUGACAUGAAAGACACGGACACUGGAGAACUUUACAUUCUGUCUUCUGAUGGCAUCCGGAGAGCCAUUUAUCGUGGAACCGAGACGGACCAGAAUCCAUUUUGUCCGUGUGCGGUUGAAUGUGACUCUGACUAUAACUGCAUAGUGUCCGACACAUUCAAUAGCUCACUUCACGUUCUUCAUUGUACUGGACAACUACUAAAAAUUCUACGCCUACCAGACCUUCAAGAAUUGUCCUCUGUGUCUAUCAUCAAACACACAAUGUGGAUCGGUACAUCUGGGGGAGACGUCGGAGUCUAUAGAUACAUCAAAGACCAUGACGACGCAGAAACAAUCCCGGCGUAG